CAGGGAUGCAACGACAGGAGUUCACUUAUUGAGCUGCAGUGCUUUUUGUGCUUUUAGUUGAAGCUGUGACACUGGACACCGCUGACUGGGAAUACUACUGUGUGUCCAGCCACUGCACGGGGAGCUAGGGCUGGAUAUGCCACAGGGGGACAGGUGAGGAGCGGCAGGCUGUGGCCCAGGUGCGCGGAGCAGAGAUCCCCCAGGUUGUGAAGAUGUGGAGCUGGUUUUUCACUGUGACUGUCCUGCUGUCCUCCAUGAAACGGAUUGAAGCUCAGGGCAGGUGUAAUAAUGUGCAAGCAGCAGAUAUUGUUUUCCUGGUUGAUGGGUCUUCCAGUAUUGGCCGAGCUAAUUUCCUGAAGGUGAAAGGCUUUAUGGCUGGGAUCGUCAAGCCAUUCGCCAGCUCUGUCGGCGAGUCAGGGAUACGGUUUGGGGUCAUACAGUACAGCGACACCUCCAGAGUUGAAUUUACAUUUAGUACCUAUUUGGUUGGCACUGAGCUGGUCAACGCUGUAGAGAAUCUGAACUACAAGGGAGGAAACACACGCACUGGUGCUGGUCUCAAGUUUGUCAUUGAUAACUUCUUCAACCCUGCGUCCAGUCGGGAUGUACCAAAGAUCACUGUCCUGAUUACAGAUGGAAAGUCACAAGAUAGUGUGGAAGAACCAGCACAGAAGCUGCGCGGUCAAGGAGUGCAUGUUUUUGCAGUCGGUAUAAAGAGCGCAGAUAGGAACGAACUGGCUCAGCUUGCCUCCCAGCCCAGUAGUGAUUUCAUCUUCUUUGUUGGGGACUUCAAACUGCUGAACACACUUCUUCCUCUUGUGAGCCCCCAAGUGUGUUCCAAAGCAGGAGGGGUCUAUGCUAGUGAUGAGGCCUUUUCUGGUCCGUCCAACAUUCAGUUCACAGGCCAAACGUCUGAUACUCUCAGGAUUCGCUGGAAUGCAGCAGGUGGGCCUGUGAGUGGCUAUGUGGUCCAGUAUGUGCCACUCUCAGGUCUGGGUCAACCUAUCACAUCAGAGCUGCGUCAGGAGACUGUCUCUGCCACUCAGAGAACCUUUGCCGCACAAGAGCUGAGGUCCGGAACAGACUACCUGGUGACUGUCAUCGCCCAAUACCCCAACAGUGUGGGGGAGUCUGUUUCUGCCAAGCAACGAACCAGGUCUUUGCCAGGGGUUACCAGUCUCCGCCUGGUCCAGGCAGGCUUCUUCUCUCUUUCUGUGGGCUGGGAUCAGCCUUCGUCUCCUGUGCAAGGCUACAGACUCACCUAUGGACCACGAGGUCAGCCAGCAGCUCAGCUGUUGGAGCAGUCUCUGUCUGCAGACUCCACAUCUGUCACCUUAGAGUCACUUCAGCCCGACACAGAGUACGUCGUCAGCCUCUAUCCCCUGUUCCCCCGAAACUCGGCGUCCCCGUCCAUCCUCAACGCCCGCACAUUGCGCCUUGAGGCAGUGGAGCAGUUAUCAGUGGAGACGGAGUCAGAGGGCAGCGUUCGUGUGCGGUGGAGAGCUGUCGUUGGUGCGCGGGCCUAUCGUGUGGUUUGGGGACCAUUUACAGGUCGAAACGUCGAGACAGUGGAGGUUGCUGAUGAGUUUCACACCUUGUCCAGACUGCAGUCCGACACUGAGUACAUCGUCACCAUCAUCCCGCUGUAUGAGGGCAACACCGAGGGCCCGGUAGCAACCGCCAGGUUCAAGAUAGAGCGUCAGGAGCAGCAGAUGCUCAGAGCAGCCACCACCGGCCCCUCCUCUAUUCGCCUCACCUGGAGAAUCAUUCAGUUAUCUCGAGGGUACCGGCUGGAAUGGAGGGAUGGCGAAGGAGGCCGUGUCCAGAGCCUAACCUUUCCUCGAACCACUGCCAGCUAUGCGCUAAAAGGCCUUCAGCCCAACACAGAAUACAUCAUCACCCUGUACACCCUGUUUGAAGGCCGUGAGGAGGCCACACCUGUCUCCACUACAUCCAGAGAGGAACAGCCAGUGGGGAGGGUGUCCAACCUGAGAGUUGUGGAGUCUCUGGGCAGCACUGUCAGACUAGGCUGGACGGGUGUAGCCGGGGCCACACAGUACCGCAUCAUUAUCCUGAACACAGAAGCGGGAUCAGAGGAAAUACGGCUUAUCCCUGGAAACCAGACGACCCUUGACCUCAGAGACCUGACGGUGGGAGUGUCUUAUGGUGUCAGUGUCACAGCGCUGGUGGGAGAAAAUGAAGGGGAGCCAGUUACUGUUUACAUCAAACCAGAGCAAGGUGCGGGCAGAGUGACUAACCUCAGAGUGACAAAUGCAAACAGUCGGAGAAUUCGAAUUGCCUGGAUAGGUGCUCCAGGGGCAACAGGUUACAGGGUCACUUGGAGACAAGGCAACAAUGCAGAGCAGUCCCGUAUUCUGGGGGCGGAGGUCACAUCCUUUACCAUAGACGGCCUGCAACCAGACGAGGCGCUGGUAAUUGGUGUUGCAUCUGUGGUUGAUCAACGGGUUGGAGAGGUGGUCACACUCUCUAGUCGGACUAAUCCCAACGGUGGAUCAGUGUCUGGCCUUCGCAUCGUAGACGUUACAUCUCAGAAGAUACGCAUUGCAUGGUCACGGUCCACGAGGGCAACUGGCUAUAAGGUCACUUGGCGCCGUGAUGAUGGAGUUGAAUCAACUCGUAACAUGGCUGCCAACGUAUCCUCUUUCACCAUUGAUGGGCUACAGUCAGAUUCAACCUACAGCAUAUUAGUUUCUUCACUCACUGGCUCUCGAGAGGGAAGUCCUUCCACCCUGAGUAUCAGAACAGAAUCAGAUCAAUCUCUGGUCGGGACUGUGACGUCACUGCAAAUCCAGGAGGGCCGUGGAGAGGUUGUCCGAGUCACUUGGGUUGGUGUGCAGGGAGCGACGGCUUAUCGGGUGUCUUGGAGGAAAACGGAUGGUGGGGAACAGAGGAGUCAACUGCUGGGGGGAGAUGUGACAGCAGUGGAUUUAGACCAGUUGGACCCCGGAGCCCAGUAUGAGGUGCAGGUCAUGGCUUUAGUUCAAAACAGAGAGGGAACCCCUGUGUCUGUCAGAGUCACCACACGUGACGGGUACCCCUCGCCCACCCUAACUGUACGGGUGGCAGAGGUUACCCAGAAUUCUAUGCGGAUUGGCUGGAAUCCACUACCAGGUGCCACAGGAUAUAUUCUACGCUGGAGAGACGAGACAGAGGUUGGUCGAGGCUUGUCCGUUACGCUCCCUGCCUCGUCCAGCUCUUACCAGGUGACUGGGCUGCGUUUGGGCCGCCGUUAUCGCUUUACGGUGCAGCCCACCUUCGAAAAUGUAUUGGGAACUGAAAGCUCUGUUGUUGAACGCACCGUUUGUGUGGGCGGGCGUCUGGAUGUGGUGUUUCUGGUCCCGGCAUCCACUGACCGGAGUAGCCUCGCAAGACCUCUGCGUGAACUGCUAUCAAGUGCAGCUGGGUCACUCGAAACUAUUGGAGCCAGCGACUCUCAGUUCGGAGUUGUAGUGUACGGUUACAGACCCAAAUUAUGGUUCCUGCUUAAUCGCCAUGGCAGGUCUGAAACACUUUUUCAAGAGAUCCAGUCCACACCAUUUGAUGAAAGUCCUGGGAAUAACAUUGGUGAGGCGGUGACAUACACUAGGCAGUACCUUCUGACCCCCUCAGCUGGACGGAGGCCGAGGGUCCCUGGUGCUGUCGUUAUCAUUGCUGACAAAAACUCCGCUGACAACCUGACUCUUGCAGCCACCAGUCUCAGGGCUUCAGGUGUGACAGUGUUAGCAGUUGGUAUAGAACAGGCGAAUACCGAGGAGCUGCGACAGGCAGUGACGGACGGCAGCCCCCAGAACAUCCUGUAUACGCGCGAUGCAGCACAGCUGGACAGCGUGCACACUGAUUUGGCAGACUUGCUCUGUGGCAUUGCCAGAAUACCAGACGUAGGUCCAGGUCCUGAGCAGUGUACCGGUCAGUGCCCACAGGGAGAGAGGGGAUAUCGUGGAGAAAAGGGUGAGAGAGGCAGAGACGGUACAGAUGGGCGCAAGGGCGAUGUGGGUCGGGUUGGUCAGCCUGGGAGGGAAGGCCCCAGAGGCCCUGAAGGACGCCCAGGUACACCUGGCCAAGCCAUCCCUAUUGACCCCUCACUGGGGGUGAAAGGAGAAAAGGGGGAGAGAGGCUUUCCUGGCAUUGAUGGAAGUCCAGGGUUGCCUGGACGACCAGGUUCCUCUGGAAAUGCAGGGGUCCCGGGUUCGCAGGGCCUACCUGGUAUCAGAGGAGAUUCAGGUGAACCAGGUGGGACAGGGUCACCGGGGCCAAUGGGGAGUAAAGGUGAAAGGGGUGAACCAGGCUCGGCUAUAUCAGGAGGUGGUCUUCCUGGGAGGAAAGGAGAGCCAGGCAUGCCAGGUAUUCUGGGUACUCCUGGUCGGCCAGGCAUCGAUGGGAUCAAAGGAGCCCUCGGAGCUUCGGGACCACCUGGUCAGGAUGGUCGCCCAGGUUUAUCAGGAACACCAGGACUCUCCAUCAAGGGAGACAAGGGCACUCCAGGAGACCGGGGACCUCCAGGAGUCGGCAGCGGGGUGGCCGUGAAGGGCGAGAGAGGCUCCCCAGGUAUUGCAGGACCUCCAGGAGCUCAGAGUCCUAGUGGGCCAGUAGGACCUCAAGGCAGCAAAGGAGACAAGGGCGAUAGCGGCAAUGGGGAGCCUGGACCUCCGGGCAGGCAAGGAGACCCUGGGGACAGGGGUCCUCGUGGGCCUGCAGGGGAAAUUAGUAUCAAGGGGGACCGAGGACAGCCAGGUGAGCCUGGAUCACAGGGGGACAGGGGGGAGAGAGGACCGGCUGGUGAACCUGGGGAGAGAGGGGACCUUGGGAAGCCGGGCCUCGCAGGAGCACCAGGUUUGAGAGGCUUAUCGGGGCCCAGUGGAGCGGCAGGAGAAAAGGGAAAUGAAGGUGCUCGCGGGGAGCCGGGCAGAAGUGUUCCAGGUAUUCCCGGGAAGAAAGGGGAACAUGGGGAGCGAGGUCUGCCUGGUACCGAGGGGGCGAGUGGAGAAAAGGGAGAGGCUGGACAGAGAGGAGAGAAAGGGUCUUCAGGGUCAGGACUGUCAGCUGUUGGACCUAAAGGAGAGUCGGGAGAGAGAGGACCUGCUGGUUUCAGUGGAAGGCCAGGUGCCAAGGGAGAUGCUGGUGAACCAGGAGAGAGGGCGGAGAAUGGGAGGCCAGGAAUCCCAGGAAAGCCUGGUCUUCCUGGGAAAGAGGGAGAGAGAGGAGAGAAGGGUGAUGAAGGCACACCUGGGGAGUCUGGACUUCCUGGGAAGGCAGGAGAAAGAGGACUGAGGGGACUGGCUGGUCAGCUGGGUCGACCAGGAGAGAAAGGAGACAUGGGAGACCCGGGAGAGCACGGACGAAAUGGCAGCCCUGGACCCGCAGGACUGAGAGGAGUGAAAGGAGACCUGGGAACUCAAGGGCCUCCAGGACCACCAGGAAAAGUGGCUGACAUCCAGGGCCAGUUGAAAGGAGAGAGAGGAGAGAAGGGUGACGAUGGCGACCCGGGAGAGCACGGCAGCAAAGGUCAGAUAGGCGAAGCCGGGACUCCCGGAGCCUCAGGCCUACGAGGUCCAGAGGGACAACGGGGACUUGCAGGCACAAGAGGCGACGCAGGGGAAAGAGGAGUGCCUGGAGAGAAGGGAGAAAGGGGACCAUCUGGGUUAGAUGGACGUCCUGGUCUGGAUGGUAAACCAGGUGCUGCUGGACCACCUGGUCAGAGGGGGGAUCCUGGGAAACAGGGGGAUCCUGGAAGAGACGGUUUUCAAGGACUAAGAGGGGAGCAGGGUCCCUCAGGGCCUGUUGGGCCCCCGGGCACUGCAGGGACACCUGGUAAAGCAGCUGAAGAUGGCAAACCUGGUUCUCCUGGCAAAAUGGGCGAGGAUGGUAUGCCCGGUGAAGAUGGGAGAAAGGGUGACAAAGGAGAAUCAGGAUCUGCUGGAAGAGAUGGCCAAGAUGCACAGAAAGGAGACCGGGGUCUUGCUGGGUCUGUCGGACCCUCUGGCCCUUCCGGGCCUCCUGGAGUACCUGGCAGCAUUGGUCCUCCUGGACAGGUGGUGUACUUUAAAGGAGUCGAAGCAGCACCAAUCCCUGGACCGCAGGGGCCUCCAGGAACCCCUGGCGUGCCUGGGAUCCCUGGAACUGUGGGAGCCAGAGGGGAUAGAGGCCAAUUUGGCCAGAAAGGUGAUGCUGGAGACCCAGGAGAGGACGGGUCGCCGGGCAGACCUGGGACAGCAGCGGAUGUACAAAAGGCUCUGGCCAACCAGGGCAUUCAGAUGUCGGAUCUGAAGGCCGUUGUGGACAGGAAGGACUUAUUACUGCCUUUUCCAGUGCAGAAGGUAGUGAAAGGUGAAAAAGGAGACAGUGGUGAAUCUGGACCGAGAGGACCGUCUGGUGCAGACGGUUCCCGUGGUUUUCAAGGAGAGAGAGGGGCUAAAGGAGAUCAAGGGGAGCGAGGACCCUUGGGAGCAACUGGGCCUGCAGGUAGAGCCAUUGGAGAGCGAGGGCCAGAGGGACCCCCAGGGCCUGCUGGAGUGUCAGGCAAACCAGGAAUACCGGGAGUUCCUGGGCGAGUUGGGGAACAAGGCGAGGCUGGAAGACCGGGAGAUAAGGGGGAGAGAGCAGAGAAAGGAGACAGAGGAGAAGGUGGUAAACCCGGGCUAACGGGAGUAGCCGGCCCACCAGGUCAAAAGGGAGCAUCUGCUGAAUCUGUACUGAUUGGUCCGUCUGGAGCCAGAGGCCCUCCAGGAGUUGGAGGACACAAGGGAGAACCUGGUGCUGCAGGAUUACCAGGACCUCAAGGAGAACGGGGUGUUGUGGGGUCUCGUGGCGACAAUGGAGACCGAGGACAGUCUGGAGAAACAGGACGUGAUGGCUCGAAGGGAUCACCAGGAGAACUAGGAAAACCGGGUCAGGAUGGGAAACCGGGCCUGCCUGGGUUCCCAGGAGUUCUAGGCAGACCGGGAAACCUAGGAGAGCCUGGAAUUAGGGGGCCAACUGGCCCCAUGGGUGCCAACGGGCUUCCAGGUCCCCCAGGCGUGAAGGGUAAUCAAGGAGAGCCAGGUGUUGGCGUCAAGGGUCCUCCCGGUGCCCAGGGGAGUACAGGUCUGCCAGGACUACAAGGUCCCCCUGGAGCUGUGGGUCCACAGGGCCCUCCGGGACUGUCAGGGCAGGUGGGUGAAUCGGGUAAACCAGGAGUCCCUGGAAGAGAUGGGGUGCCUGGCAAAGAAGGAAUACCUGGAUUACCAGGAAAGCAGGGCAUUGCUGGACCUCCAGGCCAUGCUGGUUUGAAGGGGGAGCAGGGAGACAGCGGUCCUCCAGGGAAGGCUGUGGCUGGACCACCUGGAGCCAAAGGAGAGAGGGGUCUUAGUGGUCUAACACUGCCGGGCACAACUGGAGAGAGAGGUUUACCUGGAGAAAAGGGUAACAGGGGAGACAAAGGAGCUGCUGGCAACAAAGGAGAGAGAGCAGUGGAUGGUGAACCAGGAGAGCCCGGAGAAGAUGGGUCACAGGGUUCUUCAGGGCCAAAAGGAGAUAAGGGAGAGAAGGGCAUAGGACUGCUCGGUCCUCCUGGUCUGGUUGGGCCUCAAGGCUUAAAGGGAGAUUCAGGCCUUCCUGGUUCAGCUGGACCUCCGGGGCUACAGGGGAAGUCAGGUGGUGCUGGGCCGCCUGGCCUGAGAGGAGAAACUGGACAACUAGGACCUCCCGGACAACAAGGGGAGAGGGGUAUCCAGGGCUUUGCAGGCCGUGCAGGGAAUGUCGGACCCCCUGGACCUGCUGGUCCUCCUGGACAGACAGGCUCUCCUGGUACCAACGGGGUCCAAGGGGACAAGGGGGAGGUUGGCGUUGGAGUCCCCGGUCCCAGAGGAGAGAGAGGAGAAACGGGGAUGAGAGGAGAGGAGGGCCGGGCUGGCUCGGAUGGGGAGAGAGGGCCAACGGGUCCCCCAGGGAAUCGUGGUAUUCGGGCAGAGAAGGGGGACAUCGGGCUGCAAGGUGACAAAGGAGAGAAGGGGGACACCGUGCUGGUGGGAGGACCUGCUGGAGAAAGGGGCAAUAAAGGAGAAACAGGUGACAGGGGAACCAAAGGUGUGCAGGGAGAAAAAGGGGGGAAAGGUCAAGAGGGUCCUCUCGGGGAGCAGGGACUGAGGGGAGAGCCGGGAGAAAGAGGAUCCAUUGGAUUCCCGGGGGCCCGUGGCCCUGGUGGACAAAAGGGAGAAGCUGGCCAUCCUGGAGUACCUGGCGAAUCGGGUUUACGAGGAAAAGACGGGAUACCAGGGCAGAGGGGGGAGAAGGGAGAGCUUGGUGUUGUAGGACUGAGAGGAAUCAAGGGUGACCGAGGACCCAAAGGAGCUUGUGGAAAUGAUGGACUCAAAGGAGAAAAGGGGGAUGCUGGUACACAUGGGAGAUCAGGCCUCCCAGGAAGAAAAGGUGAACAGGGGGAACUUGGACCUUCUGGAGCCCUAGGGACUCCUGGAAAAGAAGGACUAGUCGGUCCCAAGGGCGACCGUGGAUUUGACGGCCUUGCAGGACCCAGAGGAACUCAGGGAGAGAAAGGUGAAAGGGGUAUGUCUGGUGUACCUGGUCCCCCUGGCCCCAGGGGAGUGGAUGGGGCACCGGGCCUGAGUGGCACUCAGGGACUUGCUGGUGCUAAAGGCCCAGAGGGGCUCCAGGGACAGAAGGGAGAGAGAGGUCCAUUUGGUCCCUCCACGGUUGGUCCACGUGGUAUCCCAGGGAUCCCAGGGGAGCGAGGAGAGCAGGGAGAGUUGGGACCAGAUGGAGCCAAGGGAGAUAGAGGAGACCCGGGCAUGACGGAGUAUGAGGUCAGAGAGUACGUUCGCUCCGAGAUGAGUCAGCACUGUGCGUGUGGAGGUACAGGCCCAGUAAAUCGGUCCCAGCCCCCGAACAGGGCUCGGCCUGCACCAGAGCAACAACUGGUCGUGAAGGGUGAGGAGGGCCGUGAGCUGCGUGUGGUGGUGAACACCAACGACCCCGACUACGAGCACAUCUACUCCAUCCAGUCCUACGACGACCCCUUGGACGAGCUGCUCUACUUCACUCCCUCUGCCGACCACAGCGAUGGUGAGGUUAACAAGGAUGAAAAUGACAAAACAAUCACAGUUGAACAAAACAAAUCAGCCACAGCUGAUGUUAAGAAAACAGCAAGAGCUGAUGGUCAGAAAGCAGCCAAAGUUACAUCUCUGAAAGCAGUCAAGUCCAGAUCAGUCAGAAUCAAGAGGAGCGUCGAAGGGGAAGCUCCAGCUGACUUGUGCCUGCUGCCCAUGGAGGAGGGGAACUGUGGACGAUACACUCUGCGCUGGUACUUUAAUAGUCAGGUUCAGGCCUGCAGGCCCUUCAUCUACAGCGGCUGUGACGGAAACGACAACCGCUUCCUCCACCAGGAGGAUUGCGAGGAGCUCUGCCUUGGGGAGGCUGAAGGUCCUCAUCCCUUGAAGACUGCAAGAUGAUUGAGGACAAAUCCUCCUCAUCAUUAUUUUGUCAAAUGUCAAUGUUCAAGAUUUGUUUUUGUUUAUUUAUUGUUUCUGUAAACCCAAACAAACUUUACCUGAGGUUGAGAGGGGAUACCAGAGGGCUCCCUUGCUUUAGGCUCUCCAAAAGAUAAACAGUGUUAGGUUAGUUUGUUAGUACGAUUUGUGCAGUAAUACAUUGGCACAUUUAAGAAUAGUGUCUUUGCUUUCAUCCGUACCUUCAGUACCUUAAUCCAUUUCGUGUUGCAACACAGAUGAUUAGACUUACAUCUGUAUACAGAAAGCAAGUGAACAAAAUGACCUGACUCACUCUACAUUGUAAUGCAAUAGCCUUAAGUAAAUAUCAAUAUGGUGAAGCUCAUGAUGUUUUUUGUGUUUUUCUUUAACUCAGUGGUCAUUUUUGAAGCUGUAGUUUGAAGUAUAGUUCAAUUAUUAUGUGUGUUUGUUUACGUGGAGCCAGUCACUGACAAACUGAAAAGAAUUGUCUCUUUGUUUUGAAGUGAUGGUUAUUUUGUCAAAAUAGGUGCAUUUAUCCGAUUAGAAAUACCCUUGCCACAUUGCUGCGUCUUCCAUUAUUUGGUAAUUGCAAGCAUUUGUUCCACCUUUUCAAAAGGUACAUACUUUUAAGCCUCGGCAGCAACUGUGUCCGGAGGCAUUAGGUGUACAUACACGGGAACACAAUAUCUCAAGAAGGUGGGAUUUUCUUCAAAUUUGGCACAAACAUCAACCUGGACUCACAGAUGAACUUAUUACAUUUUGGAGGUCAAAGGUCACCUUGACCUCAUGUCCGUCCCAUUCUCGUGAAUGAGAUAUCUCAGGAAUGCUAAUUUCUUUAAAUUUGGCACUAAUUCAUUGUGACCUCACAAAACAUGUUUUUGGCCUUUACUCAAGAAUGAAUAUGCUAAUUAUGUCACACAAUGGUCUAAUAGUAUUAAUAGCUUAAGUUAUCACAUUUUGAAAAGACAUAUGGAUGUUAAUUGCAAAACGACUGCUUUGCGGAUGCGCACAACGCAAGCCUGUAAUUCUAGUUCUAAGUAACUUUAAAAGUAUUUUCUGUAAAAGCAUACUGCCUUAUUACAGAUCAACAGCAGUAAACCAAAAACUUGACGCUUUAACUUUCAGUCAUUAAACUUAGCUGAAUUAGGACAAUAAGAAGGAAAUGGUCUAGGUGUGCCCAGUAUUCCCUUUGCUCAUGAAGGUGUCUUAUGUUUGGUUUAUUUCCUAAUGAUUUCAGUUUAAUGUGCCAUCCGAUGCAAGCCGCACAAAUCUAGGCCUGUUUUCGGCUGUAAUCAUGAUUUUCAGUAGUGAAAGCUACUUUAGCAAAGAGAACGACAAGUAGAUACUCAACAACACUCAAUAAAAUACACAUAACAGGAUGAUUUGGCAGCACAGACUACAAACUACAUUUUUUGUGGACUUCACUGAACUGGUAUUUACUGCAAGGAUGUUUCUAAGGUGCUUUUAUUAUUUUACUCAUUCCAUAUAUAUAUAUAAACUGUUUAACUGUCCUGACUUAGUAACAAAGUGGGCAGAGGUGUAGGUUGUGGUAAUGAUGAUAAUUCUACUGUAAUGUCUGGAUAAAGAAACUUUUGUGGUAGUAUUUCAGCUUUUUUUCAAAGAAAUCCUUUGGGUUAGCAAAUGCUGUAAAUAUUAAGUAGUAUGUAGUAAUGUCAACUUUAAGUUGACAUUGCUAUGGAGAAGACAAAAGCCACCUGAAUUCAUCCAACAUUGACC